GCCAGGACCCAUUCCUAUUGCUGAAAACCCUUCAGCUUCUCUGGACAAAGACAGAGAUGAAGAAGCUCAAGGAAGAAAUCAGGCGGGGCUUUGCAGGACUGGAGGACCCAUUGGCAGGACUCCUGGACAUGCUGGAGAGCAGCAGUGAUUGGAAGGGGAAAGGGCAUUCCCUCGGGUAUUACAUCACCACGGAGUUGCAGCUUUGGAUAAAAGAGCAUCCUGCUGUUCAACAGUCUGGCAUCAAGCUGAAGAAGCUGCAGGCCCGUGUACUCAGAAUACUAGCCCAGUGCCCAGCUAAUCUUCUUGACCCUCUGAUUAGCAUUUACCAGCUCCACACAGCAGACCGGAACUAUUUGCUUGAACAUGUCAGUCAUCUUUAUCACAAGGGCGAUUACAAAGAGAAGCCCUCCAAAGCCUCGGGCCAUGACUCCAUGCCGCCCUCAACCCGAGCUGUCCCUGUGCCCGAUGGAGCUGCCGGUGGACGGCUUUGUGGGAAGGGCGAUGGCUGCCGGUGGGGCCGGGACAAUGCGGGGAUUCAGCAGACCGGGG